CAGGCCGGAAACGUCCGGUGGAUGCACCGAAUCCAGAGGCGUGGAUUCCCUACACUUUUUUUUUUGUCUUCUUAAGGACAAACCCUUCACCCUAAAUUCUGCGCUGCUUCGUGUAGAGCUGAGGGGGGGGGAUGUCUUCUUAGCACACGAAGAUGACGUGCAGUCUUAUGUCUGCCUGCUGCAUUAUGGAUGGAAGAAGGGGGUUCCGUCCAGAUAGCGUGGGAACAUCUCAGUAGGAGCCUGAACGCAACAUCGUCUCCGCCUGCGCCGCAGUACGCGUGUCGUGGCCGUGGCGUGAGCGCACGACGGCGGGGAUGUGCCGGAUGUGAACGCGGGGCACGAUGCGGGAGUACAAGGUGGUGGUGCUCGGCAGCGGCGGAGUGGGCAAGUCGGCCCUGACGGUCCAGUUCGUCACUGGGACGUUCAUCGAGAAGUACGACCCCACCAUUGAAGAUUUCUACCGGAAGGAGAUCGAGGUGGACUCGUCCCCGUCGGUGCUGGAGAUCCUGGACACGGCCGGCACCGAACAGUUCGCCUCCAUGCGGGACCUUUACAUCAGGAACGGCCAGGGCUUCAUCCUGGUCUACAGUCUGGUCAACCAGCAGAGCUUCCAGGACAUCAAGCCCAUGAGAGACCAGAUCAUCAGGGUCAAGAGGUACCAGCAGGUGCCGGUGGUGCUGGUGGGAAACAAGGUGGAUCUGGAGGAUGAGAGGGAGGUGUCCCCCAGCGAGGGCCAGGCACUGGCGGAGGACUGGGGCUGCCCCUUCAUGGAGACGUCUGCCAAGAGCAAGACCAUGGUGGACGAGCUUUUCACCGAGAUCGUACGGCAGAUGGACUUUUGCCCACUGCCGGACCGCAGAGAGGUGUGCUGCCCCGCCUGUAGCGUGCAGUAGCAGUCUAUCGGCAGACGGGUGGCGGAUGGGAGGGCUUAAAUUAGAAAAUCAAGGCAUGCUGGGAAAUGUAGGAACGCAUCCAGCAAAGCAGACAAACAAGGGUAAGAUAAAAUUCCUUCGAUACAGGGUGGAUUUUCUUUGGAAGUCCCCAUCCGUCAGGCCCCUCCCGGUAUACAGCCAAUUUCAGGGGCGUUUCCACGGGCAGAACUGUGCCAAACAAAAGCCAUCAACACGGAGGAUAAGAGCGCUACAUCAGUUUGGGAAGCCAAGAAAAAGAUGGCAGUAAACGUAUCGCCCAGUGUUGUCCUUUUGCACUCUUGUGACUUCUUGACAGCGCCAAGACCAAACACCAGGUUUCUACACGGAUGUCAAGCAGCACCACUGUGAAGGUGUCACACCAGAAGUCGGCCCAGCAGCCGGCCUGCCUAACUAUGAAUGAAUGCAUAGAAGAACGAAUGUCUACUAGAAAAAAACAAACAAACUGCGCCUUUUGGAGAGAUUCACUCAGACUAACCCAAAUGUGGAUGAUGUGUGCAUGAAGUCGUACUCUCACGCCGACCUAGAGUACAAUCUCACCCAAAGAGACGAUGUUAGUCAAUCAUUGUUGAAAUGUGCAGACACUUUACACUUUACAAAAUGAUACCAAUGCCUUGUAUGCUGAACAUUAUAGUGACAGUUGCAUCAGUUAGUGGUUCAGUCUCAUUGACACUUAUUUUCGACAAGAAAAAUAAAUCGUUAUGCACCAG